AUGAAUCAGAUUCAUUCAUCUUCCUCCCGCUUGCUUGUCCAACUCCUGACUGACUCUGCUAUCUGCAGCCUUGAAAAUGAUUUCCUUUACUCCUCCUCUUCACACUCUCUCAAUGUCUCUCUUUCAGUUUACUUACCUCCCUUCCUCUCUUUCUCUCUCUCUCUCUCUCUCUCUCUCUCUCUCUCUCUCUCUCUCUCUCUCUCUCUCAGCUAUGUGUUCAAGACUUUCACUUCCGAUCUAAUAAAGGACAACACUACUUGCUUUUUCCUUGUCACUUUUUCUUUGCAUCUGAAUCUUUCUUAUAUUUUAUUUUCAUGGAAGCUUUCAAUGUUCUUUUUUCUUUUAUCUCAUACAUCAUUUGGUUUGUAUUAUAAAUACAUGCUUAUUUCUUCUGUUUAUAGCUUCUCCUGUAUCACCUCAUUUCUUUGUUUCUUUCUUCUUUCAUUCCUGGAUAUUUUCUGUGGACUGAACUUACUUUGCCCUUGA